CGUUAAUGCUGUGUGUCCGCGGUGUAUCGCCGUCGUAUAGGUGUGACUGUGUUUAGUAAUGUAAAGUGUCCACGUUAUCAUGCCCUGUGUGGGUUCAUCAUCUCGUUUCCUGAUACUGUACGGGUCGCAGAAAGGUCAAGCUCAGUCCAUAGCCGAGCAGCUUGCCGAUCAGGCCGCCGAGCAUGGCUUUGAGGCAGAGAUCCGCUGCUUGAGUGAUGGGGACAAGUAUGACUUGGAGAAAGAACACAGCCCUGUGGUUUUUGUUGUUUCCACUACGGGAUAUGGUGAACCCCCAGACACGGCGCUGAAGUUUGUGAGGGGAAUCAAGAAGAAAUCUUUGGGGCGUGAUCACUUCUCUCAUCUGAACUAUGCACUGUUAGCUUUAGGAGACACCAACUAUACAGAUUUCUGCAACUGUGGCAAAACCAUCGACAGCCGUCUCCAGGAUCUGGGUGCAAAUCAUUUCUAUGCAACUGGCCUUGCUGAUGAUGGUACAGGGCUGGAAGUAGUGGUAGACCCGUGGAUCGACGGACUUUGGGACGCCUUAAAGACCAUAUUUGCCAAAAUGUCUGCUUCUGAUCUCAUUAGUGACAUUUCUCUGAGCAAUGAUCAUCAAUCAGUGGCUGUCCAGAAGAAACUUGAGUCGUCUGUACAAGGCCUUGAGCUGCUGGAUAUCAGUGGCGCAGACGAAGGAAAAUCCAAAGCGGAAUCUGAAACCGAAAGCCAGGAUGCAGAAACUCCUUUGGAGGCGUCCUUGAAUCGAUCCAUAGCUCCGCUUUCUCAAUCUUCGCUCAACGUCCCUGCACUUCCCCCAUCUUUUAUAGAGGUUGUUUUGGGAGAUGUGCCUACUGAAGAGGAGGAGGUUCACGUCAUUGCGCGAGGCUUUCACAAAGUACCGAUUUCAGGAGCAUCCUGUUUAACUCGAGAUGAUGCUGUGAAACGUGUCAUUAUGCUGGAGCUCAACAUCCAGGAUGAAAAGAUUUCUUAUCAGCCAGGAGAUGCAUUUGACCUCCUCUGUCCAAACAGAGAGACGGAAGUGGAGGAUUUGCUGCACAGACUGGGGCUACAUGACAAAAAGGAUCAUACUGUUCAUCUGCAGCUGCUCCAAAACACUAAAAAGAAGGGAGCUCGAGUUCCUCCCUACAUCCCAGAAAAGUGUACUCUACAUUAUCUCCUGACCUGGUGCUUGGAGAUAAGGAGUAUACCCAAAAAGGCUUUUUUGCGAUCUCUCGUGGACUGCACGCAGGAAACUCUGCAGAAGAGACGGCUACAGGAGUUGUGUAGCCGCGAGGGAGCUGCGGAUUAUGACCGGUUUGUGAGAAACGCCAACGUGUGUAUACUGGACUUUCUGCGCGCUUUCCCAUCCUGCACACCUCCUCUCAGCCUCCUCAUCGAGCAUUUACCGAAGCUGCAGCCGAGAGCGUACUCAGCCGCAAGCUCGAGUUUGUGCCACCCUGGAAAGGUCCACAUUGUGUUCAGCGUCGUGAGGUUUCCAGCAUGUGCUGAGCAUCCAGAGAGGACGGGACUGUGUACGGGAUGGCUAGCGGAUCACGUGUCUACCAUCAUCGAACCGUACGGGACAAAACGGUCUUCACCAGAGAGUGCAGAUAGUGCAGCCUUGCCCAAGGUCCAUGUGUCUCCUCGUGUAAACAACAUCUUCCACUUGCCUUCUGACCCCACAGUUCCCAUGGUGAUGGUAGGACCAGGAUCAGGUGUUGCACCCUUCAUAGGCUUCCUUCAGCAAAGGGAAAAGGAGCGAGAGGGAAAUCAGGACAGCACUUUUUGUGAGACUUGGCUCUUCUUCGGCUGCAGGCAUAAAGACAAAGACUUCAUUUUUAAAGACGAGUUGGAGAGGUUUGUGGAGAACGGAACACUGAGCCAUCUGAAAGUGUGCUUCUCUCGAGCUGAGCCGAACAGAAACAGUUCAGAGUCCUACCCCAAAUACGUCCAGCAUAACCUACUCCUUCAUGCCGAGCACAUCGCCCGAAUUCUUCUCAAAGAAAAGGGCUGUCUCUACGUCUGUGGGGAUGCUAAGAACAUGGCAAAAGAUGUAAACGAUACUCUAAUGGAAAUCAUAGGCAAAGAGCUUCAGCUGGAUAAACUGGAGUCUAUGAAAAUGAUGGCGAAACUGCGAGAGGAGAAACGAUACCUGCAGGAUAUAUGGAGCUAAUGAGAGAACUUCCUCUAACCCCUCGUGCUUGUGAUCUCAUUGCAUUAGCCUAUAGAAUAUAUUUUAAUUAUGUUUGUUAAGCAUAUUAACAUUAUAGAGGAUUUUAACUACACUAUCCAAUCAACCACAACAGACUGGAAAAGGGCUAGAACUGAAGUUUGCUAACAGGGCAAUCCCUUAACACAAUUAGCAUGACUAAGGAUUUUGUCAUGUUGAUAUUAUGUAUUACAAUCGUACAAGUCUCUUUUCAUAGCUUUUCAAUAUGUUUUCAUCUCAGGUGCACAAAAUGCUUUCCAAAAACUGCUAUUUAGGCAGCCUCUGUUCAAGGGGACACUGAUACUGUGAACCGUUCAUGGUAUUUUAUAAAUAUUAUAUUGUAGAUCAGACAGAUCAGCUUGUAUCAAUUUAUACAUUUAAAUGACUCAGUGAUGUUUUCUGAUUUAAGAUUUAUAGGUCAGAAAAUCUAGCAUACGUGAAUGUAAUGAAUCAGAUAUUGACAGAUGUAUUCCAGAUGUGUAGAACAAGCUUUAACAGGACAGACUGUGGGAAUAUCAUCAGAUUCCAUCUGUUUUUUUUUUUUUUUUUUUUUUUUUAAUAUUCAGAUUUUGUUUUUAGUUAAUGCAUAGCUCAGAGUCAGCUGUGAAUUCUUUCAAUAUAUACUCUAUUUUAAAAUGCCUUUCAAUGCUGCAGUGAUCUUUGUGUCUAUUGCAAGGUUCACUUUUUUAGUCAUGUUUAAAUAAAUACUGUACAUGAUUGAAGUGUCAGGGUGUUUUUAUUAUUUCUUUUAAUAAAUGAAUGAAUAAG